AUGCUAGUGAAAAAUAGCUCCAGGGUCAUUAGAAGCGUCAUUUCCAGACGUAGUAUUGUUACCAAAGCGAUACCUAGCAUAGGUCUCGCAAGAACUGCACCAACUAGGGCUCCUGUGUUGUCAAAACUCGGGAUUUUGAAUCAACAUAAUCUACCCUUUGUUACAGUACAGCGGAUGCAUAACAGUAUAGCAGCAUCAACAGAUGGGAAAACUAUCCCAGAAGAGAUUCUGGAUAUGCCUAUCGAAGUGUAUCACGAAAUUUCUGAUGAGUUUAUGGAUAGCUUACUGGAUCAGCUCGAAAUUCUCUGUGAUUAUCAUCCAGAAGUCGUGCAGGAUGUUGAGAUGUCACAAGGUGUGAUGAGUAUAGAAGUUCCUUCCGUUGGUACAUAUGUAAUCAACAAGCAGCCCCCAAAUAAACAAAUAUGGUUGGCUUCUCCGGUGUCUGGGCCCAACCGAUUCGAUUACUAUCAAAAGGAGUGGGUUUCGUUGAGAGACGGUACGAAGUUACUGGAUAUCCUAAACAAAGAGCUCAGUGACCGACUAGAAGGCGACGAAAUUGACCUACAUUACUGA